CUUGGAAACUCCCUCUUUUCAUUAACAAUGGCCCCUAAAGCUUCCCCCAAGGAUAAGGCUGCUGCUGCCAAGAAGGCCGCUUUGAAGGGCGUCCACGGCAAGUCGGUUCGCAAGGUUCGCACCUCCACCCACUUCCACUUGCCCAAGACCCUCCGUCUUGCUCGCAAGCCCAAGUAUGCUCGCAAGUCCGUCCCCCACUUGCCCCGCAUGGACCAAUACCGUGUCGUUCGCAACCCCUUGAACACCGAGACCGCCAUGAAGAAGAUUGAGGAGCACAACACCUUGACCUUCAUCGUCGAUGUCAAGGCCAACAAGCACCAGAUCAAGGACGCUGUCAAGCGUCUCUAUGAUGUUGAGGCUUUGAAGGUCAACACCCUCAUCAGACCCGACGGUAAGAAGAAGGCUUACGUCCGUUUGACCGCUGAUGUUGAUGCUUUGGAUGUCGCCAACAAGAUCGGUCUCAUCUAAAGUGGCUGUAGACAGCAUUUCUGAAUAAAAAAUGUUUGUUGAAACAAUGAUCGUUAAAUAAUGUUGAUCGUGUUUUAAUUUUGAAUUAUGUGGUAACAAGGAAAAAAUAGAGUGGUUUACAGAAAGGAUGGGGACACUAUCAAGUGAGUAUAUCUAAGCGAAACCGAGGGAGAAGAGGCAAAUGAUCGUACGCGCCAGAAACGCUGUAACUUGUGUAGCAUUCAUGAGAACAAAAAGCUGGCCGUGUCUACAUGGUCGUGCUACCAGCA